GUGGGCGAAGAGAGUGCGAAGAGAGCCGAAGAGAGAGUGCCAGCGAGGGGCCACCAAAACGCCGCCUUGUUAAUUAUUAAAUUGCCAGAAUAUAUAUCUUGUCACACAUAAUUCCACUUCGAGUGAUAAUCGUUCGGGUUUUUGCCCUCUGCGCCGCGUGCGAAAAGCUGAAGAAGAUUCGCUGGGUGAAAACCGGUAAUUCUCUCGGCCCCUCCUCCUCUCCAGAGUUCGCCCAUUCUCCCUUUUGGCGCCCGUUCUCGGUUGUUUUGCUCUUUUUGCGGCUUGUUGCACUUUCCCCACUCACUCACAACUCACACACUUUUGUCUGAGCAAUCAAAAGUCAACAAAUUCCCAUCAAAAUGUUUUGUGAAAAAGCCAAUUCGAUUGGGCUUCGUAUUUUGUUUAUCGCCGUGAAAGCUUCGCGUUCGGGCUUAUCAAAUCGGGAAGAAUCUAACGGUGCCCUCGGAAUCUCCGACGAUGAAAGAGGCAUCGCCGAAAUACCCGUUUCGAAUAAAUAAUACCCGGUUCGGUCGGGCGUUUCGAAAUUUGAUUUUGAACGAGGGGUCGUGCCAAGCCUGCUAGUGCAAAUCAUAUUAAAAAUUUAUUUUAUAAUCCUAACUACAAUUCUAGAAUUACUCAUUUUGAAACCCCCUUCGUGACCGGUGCGUUCGUGAUUCACAAAGAAUAAGUAAGAGUGUGUUCAGUGCGGUGCAGUGCCCAGCCGUAGAACCAGUUCCAGUUAACCCGCUGAAAUAUGUCCAGAAAUAGGGCUGCCAUGGUCAGCGCCUUCCGGCUCUUCCUGCGACCCUCGACCACCACCUAUAGAAGUCUCGCCCUCCGUGUGGCCCCCGCCACGACCUUCGCCCUGCACUUACGGCCAGGUCACGAGCUCCAGCAGCACAGAAGCUUCGCAUCCACGGCGGACGAUGACGAAACGAGCGGUGGCAAACAGUCGGACAAGCAUAAAAAACCGACGACGGGAGGUCACAGUUCAAGUCAACAUGUGGACGAGCAAGAAGAGGUAAAAGAAAAAUCGAAAGAGAAGGAAUCCAAAUCCAAUAAUCAUGUUAAGUGCCGAGAAGGGGAUCCGAAAUCUGAAAAGUUUUUACCGCCUGUCGAAGUUGCUAAUCCCUAUAAAGAGCAAGCAUUAAAAGACACAUCUGAAAAUUUGAUAUCAAGAAUUAACAAGUUUAAAGGGUUACAACGGAAGAAAAUAGUCAAAAUUAGGAGGAAUAAGGAAGUUAGCACGACACUAAAUUUAAGAAAGGGACCACCAAAGUUUCCUAAUCAACAAAAACCACACUUAAGCAGAGAAUUAAAUAAUCUGUUUCCAAUCCAAGAAAAAACCAGAAGAAGAAAAAAGAAAUUGCUACUAAGUAGAAAGAAAACGAAAAAGAAAAUCAGUAAGGACGACAUCUAUGUGGAAUACGUGAAUGGUAUGCCACAUAUGACUGUUCGACUUCCCAGUCGCAAUGAACUCUGCCAGUUCGCCCUGAAACCCAUCUCCCACAACGUUGGCGACCUGCUGGCCAUGCUCAAGGCUGAGGAUCGAGGCAUCGAUCGAGCUGCGGUGAUCAACAGGCACGGAGUGCGAAUCGCGUCAUCCUGCACCAUCGACAGCUUGCUGGAUGACUCCUUCAGCAUACAAAUCAACAAUCGCACAUUGGAGGUCAAUCCACCGAAGCGUGAGAGGAUCACGGUAGAAUCAGUGGACAAAGUGGGUGACGUGCGCAAGGUCAUUGCUCAGCUCUACGAGGCAUUCAACGUGGGCGAAUACCAGCUGGAGAAGAGCAAUCAACUAGCCAAGGAACUGGAGACCUUACGCUACGAACUCGAGCCACUGGAAGAGAAAAAACUAGAACUGAGCAAAAAGGCAGCUCGUCGAACCAACUUUAUGACUUGGAUGGGCUUGGGCCUGAUGUCCGUGCAAUUUGGCAUCCUGGCGCGCCUGACUUGGUGGGAAUACUCUUGGGAUAUUAUGGAGCCCGUCACCUAUUUUGUUACCUACGGAACGACAAUGGCAAUGUAUGCCUACUACUGUGUUACCAAGAGGGAAUAUAUGAUGGAAGACGUGAAGAACCGCGAGUACUCGCUCACCCUCUAUAGAAACGCCAAGAAGGUCCAGUUCGAUGUGGAGCACUACAACAAACUGAAGCGGAAGUCGGCGGAACUGGAGUACAAUCUCAGGAGGAUCAACGAUCCGCUCAACAUGCAAUUGCCAUCGCAUCUGGUACGCACCCAGGAAAAUACGCCACCAACUCUAGUCGAGGAAAAGACGGAGCGGAAAUAAACAGGGGAAAAUGGAAACUCAAACUAAUUUAAACUCCUCAAACUAGAAACGAAUAAAUGUCCGCCUUUUAGCCUAAAGAAGUUCGGGUGAUCGAAAUGUUGUAGUCAACGUUUGAAAUGACUCUGUGGACGCAUCACAUGUUGUGUAAAUUCAACCUUAGCUUUUCUCUUUAUGUUAAUUAAAAUGUUUUAGUUGUUUAUUUUACGUUUAGUUAGCCUAAGCCAAAGUUUGACGAUUCGUAAAAACGCACAAGGUUUUUCUGACGCCUGCAGUUUGAAAGCUGAUAACAUUAUUUUAUGUUUAAUUUUUAGUUAUUUAUUGCAAGAGAGAGAUUUGUUUUACGCCUAAGGCAAAAAAUGUGUGCAAGUUUUAGCAAAAUAUAUGAAUUAUUUAUUGACUAUUA